ACACAGUCGACUAGAGUGGGGAAGAGGAGAGAGAAAGUUGAGAGCAAAAAGACAAUAUGGUUUAAGCAUUAAGGUGAGGCCAGGAUUUCCCUAAAAUCUCAAACGGGUGGUAAAACCCCAUAACCCCUCCUUAUCUUCCUAUCUUCUCCUUCUCCUUCUCCUUUAACACUCUCACCCUCCUUUCUUCUUCUUCAUCGUCAUUUUCGAAUUUUUCUCUCUGCAAUUCUGUUUUUUAUUUUCAAUCUUAACAAACAAAAAGAAAACAGAAAAAAGAAAUGGCCCCUAAAUCAGGUCGCAGUAAGGGGCACAAACCUAAGUCCGAUAAGAAGAAGAAAGAAGAGAAAGUUGUGCCUAGUGUUAUUGACAUUGUUGUGAUUACUCCCUAUGACUCCCAAGUUACCCUCAAGGGUAUAUCGACUGAUAAGAUACUAGAUGUGAGGAGAUUGUUAGCUUCGAAUGUAGAGACAUGUCAUAUUACCAAUUACUCCGUGUCACACGAGGUAAGAGGGCAGAAAUUGAAUGACAAAGUAGAGAUUACAUCAUUGAAGCCAUGUUUAUUGAAGAUGGUUCAAGAUGAAUAUAGUAGUGAGGCUCAAGCUGUGGCCCACGCGAGGAGGCUACUAGACAUUGUCGCAUGUACAAGUUGGUUCAACAAGCCCAAAGGGCAACGGCCCACAUCAUCUGACCACAAAUCGAAAAAGGUUAAGGCCCACAGUCCAACAGGGGUGGGACCCGCUCCAUCAAUGGAAGAGCCCCGCAUUCAAAAUGGACCGUCCGUUUCGGUUAUCUCUGAAGAAAAUGACAUGGCUGCUCUUCAUCCAACACCUAAACUCUCGGAGUUUUAUGAGUUCUUCUCUUUCUCUCACCUCACUCCUCCAGUUCUUGGAAUUAAGAGGUGUGAAAGAAAGUUGGAAGAGAAACGUGAAGGGGACUAUUUUGAGUUGCAGAUUAAGAUUUGCAAUGGGAAGAUAAUACAAGUGGCUGCAUCCACAAAAGGGUUCUACACCUUGGGCAAACAGUUGGUACAUUCUCACUCCCUAGUGGAUCUUCUGCAUCAACACAGCCAAGCAUUUGCUAAUGCUUAUGAUGCCCUUAUUAAAGCUUUUCUGGAACACAAUAAGUUUGGCAAUCUACCUUAUGGAUUCCGCGCAAAUUGCUGGCUUGCUCCACCUUCGCUUGCUGAAUCUCCAUUAAGCUUCCCUCCCUUACCAACAGAGGAUGAGAACUGGGGUGGAAAUGGAGGAGGUCAAGGAAGAGAUGGCGAGCAUGAUCUUCGACCUUGGGCUACUGAGUUUGCUACUUUGGCUAGUUUGCCUUGCAAAACCGAGGAGGAGAGAGUGAUACGUGAUCGAAAGGCAUUCUUGCUCCACAGUUUAUUUGUCGACGUAUCAAUCAUUAAAGCUGUAGAUAGCAUUCGCCAUUUGAUAGAAUCUGACUCUCUUGGAAGAGAUACCCAUGAAAGCCGUGUGGGUGACCUUUCUAUUAUGGUUAACCGAGACUUAGCUGAUGCUAACAUGAAGCCUGAUGACAAGUCUCUCUUCUGUGAGGUGUCUGAAACUUCUGCUAGAGGAGUUGUUCAGAGGAAUUUGAUUAAAGGGUUGACUGCUGAUGAAAAUGUGACUGUUCAUGAUAUUUCUUCACUUGGAACUGUCACUUUAAGGUAUUGUGGGUUCACUGCAACAGUUAAAGUUGUUGGAAAUGUCAAGAAGAAUUUUGAGCACCAUGAUAUUAAAAUUGAUGAUCAGCCUGAUGGAGGUGCUAAUGCCCUCAAUGUUUACAGCUUAAGGAUGCCCUUACACAAGCCUAUUAACGCUGAACUCUCUGGAGAAAGCGCAUCUCCCCUGCCACAUUCUGAUGAACUAGAAAAUCCCAGACCUCAAAUCAUUAAAAUACUUAACAAUAGCCUAGCUGAAUUAGAAGAGGAGGAAAAACCAGUGGAGGCUGAAGCGGGAUUUAGAUGGGAACUUGCUUCUUGUUGGGUGCAACAUUUGCAGAAGCAGGAAAGUGAGAAAAAUCCCAAGGAAGCUGGAAAUGAGAAAAACAGUGACUCUUCUGUUAAAGGUUUAGGAAAAGAAUUCAAAUCUCUAAAGAAAAGGGAGAAAAAGGCGAAUGGUGUGGACUCUUCAGAUGGACAGGAGGACAAUGAACCUCAAGUUUCUGGUCUAGAAACGAAUGGACUCAGCAAUGAUACUGUAGUUUCUGAACUGGAAAAGCUACUUUCUGAAGAAGCUUUCUUGCGUUUGAAGGAAACUGGAACUGGCCUCCAUCUUAAGACAGUAGAGGAGCUUAUCACUAUGGUUCAGACCUAUUAUGAUGAAGUUGCUUUACCAAAGCUGGUGACAGAUUUUGCAUCACUUGAACUUUCUCCUGUCGAUGGGCGUACACUUACAGAUUUCAUGCAUCUCCGGGGACUGAAGAUGUGUUCUUUGGGUCGUGUGGUUGAGUUAGCUGAGAAGCUUCCUCACAUACAAUCCCUAUGUGUCCAUGAGAUGGUCACACGUGCUUUCAAGUAUGUAGUAAAAGCUGCCGUUGCUUCUGUUGAUGACGUAUCACGAAUACCAGCAGCAAUUGCAACUUCUUUGAAUAUCCUAUUCGGUUCCUCUUCAUCUAACGAUAAUGAAAAUGCUGAAUUUCAAGAGUAUGAUCUCAAAGUUAAGUGGUUAAGGGCUUUCCUCUUUAACCGGUUUGGGUGGAAGCUCAAUGAUGAAUUUCUUCACUUAAGAAAGUUGGCAAUUCUCCGAGGCCUCUGCCACAAGGUUGGUAUUGAGUUGGUUCCAAGAGACUACGAUAUUGAUACUCCAAACCCUUUUAGGAAAGAUGAUAUAAUCAGCAUGGUACCUGUGUGCAAGCAUGUGAUUUGCUCUUCUGCAGAUGGCCGAACUCUGUUGGAAUCUUCCAAGGUAGCUUUAGACAAGGGGAAGCUAGAAGAUGCUGUCACGUAUGGAACAAAAGCUUUGGCGAAGAUCAUAGCCGUAUGUGGCCCUUAUCAUCGAACCACUGCUGGUGCUUAUAGUCUUCUUGCUGUAGUCUUAUACCACACAGGAGAUUUCAAUCAGGCUACCGUAUACCAGCAGAAGGCAUUAGAUAUCAAUGAAAGGGAACUUGGGCCUGAUCAUCCUGAUACUAUGAAGAGUUACGGGGAUCUUUCAGUAUUCUAUUAUCGUCUCCAACACAUUGAAUUAGCACUCAAGUAUGUCAACCGUGCUUUGUUUUUGCUCCAUUUCACGUGUGGACUAUCCCACCCAAAUAGCGCUGCAACUUAUAUAAACGUAGCCAUGAUGGAAGAGGGGAUGGGAAAUGUCAACUUUGCUCUCCGCUAUCUCCAUGAAGCCCUGAAAUGCAACAAGAGGCUCUUAGGAGCUGAUCAUAUCCAGACUGCUGCCAGUUAUCAUGCCAUAGCGAUUGCGCUUUCACUUAUGGAAGCCUACUCACUCAGUGUUCAGCACGAGCAAACUACGCUCAAAAUUCUUGAAGCCAAGCUUGGAUUAGAAGACCUUCGUACUCAGGAUGCAGCAGCGUGGUUGGAAUAUUUUGAAUCGAAGGUAAUAGAACAACAGGAACUGGCAAGAACAGGAACACCAAAACCGGAUGCAUCCAUUGCUAGCAAAGGGCAUCUUAGUGUAUCGGAUCUCCUUGAUUUCAUUAGUCCUGAUCAUGAUCCUAAGGGCGGAGAUGCUCAGAAGAAACAUAGGCGUUCAAAGAUAUUGCAGGCUGCUGAAAAUUCACAGGUUCAGGAGCAGGGUCAAGUGGCAAAUGGCUCAGUACAUGAAGAUAAUGACAUAAUAAAUACAGUUGUUGUGGAAGAAAGAACUGUUAGUAAGGAAGAAGAAGCAGAGGAACAAAUUCCUGAAGAAUCAAAUCAUUCAAAUGACAGUGAUGUUACUCUUGGUGAGCAGGUUGUUUAUGGAGAGGUAGUUGAUACAAGUUCAGACGAGGGGUGGCAAGAAGCCAACACGAAAGUGCGUUCUACAAAUAAUAAUGCGAAUGAGAACAAGUUUCGUAGAAGACGGCCUAAUCUGAAAGUAAAAGUCAAUCAUUCAAUUGCUAAAGAAAAUGGCCAAGUAUCUGGAGUCAUGCCUAGAGAACAGAGAGUGAUGAAUCUUACUAUGAACUUGAAGGAGUCUUCUCCACCGAAGAAAUCAAGAACUCAAGUUCAAUCGAAGAAAACUCUUACUGCAGCAAUGGCUUCAAAGGCAAUUUCGUAUAAAGAAGUUGCCAUGUCACCCCCAGGAACCAUUUUCAAGCCUGUACAGCAGAAGGAAGAAGUAAUAACAAAUGCAGAAGAAACCCAGAAAGUUGCUGAAACUUCUGAAGAAGGUAAAAAAGGCAGUGAUGAUGUAGAUGAUGUGAAUAUUUCCCAUGUAGAAGAAGAAGAAGAAGUAGAAGAUAAAGUUUCUGAUGACAGUACAACAGGGGAAACAGAGGUGGUUCCUGAAAAUGGAGAUAUGCCAUGUUUGGAUAAUCAGGAAAAGGCGGCCAUGGAAACAAAAGGGUCAAAGCUAUCAGCUUCGGCACCACCUUUUAAACCAACCACAUUUGGUGCGACUAACUUUUAUGAGUUCCCUCCUAUUUCUGCUAGGGUUGCAUGUGGUCCAAGGUCACCAUUGUAUUACAGAACAAACCAUUAUGUCUCACCUAAGCAAGUUGGUGCGACAGUCAUGAACCCUGAUGCACCUGAAUUCGUACCACAGAAACUGUCAACUGAUGCAAAUUCAUCCUCUGAUGAGCUAAAUGAUGGUAAAGAAGUGGUAAAGAAGAGCACAUCUGAGGCUGAAAAGGCAGAGUUAGCAAGACAAAUACUGCUUAGCUUUAUUGUAAAGUCUGUACAGAAGAGUUCUUCUUCAUCAGAACAUUCUAACGAAUCUUCUAGAACAGUGAAAAAGUCAGGAAAUUGGCAGAAUCCUUCAGAAGCUAUAGCAAAUGAUAGUGCAAUUAUCAAGAUUUUCCAAGGAAGUGAAGAGAAGAAGAUGGAUGGAGUUGUAAGAUCGAAUGAUCUCGAGAAAACGAACAAAGUUGGGGAUGGUGAAGGGUUUGUUGUUGUUUCUAAACGAAGGAGAAAUCGACAACAUAAUAUUGCUGCUAAUAAUGGUGUUGGGAACAAUAUAGUGUACAAUCAACCACAAUCAAUUUGCACUUGAAAAAAGUAUUCGAUUCUUAAGCAUCGUUUUAAUUAGUGGAUGUUAAUUUUGAUGGAGAGAGGAAGUAAAUCGUCUUUGUCGUUGAAGUGUCAAAUUGAUGGGAUGAUAUACUGAUGAGGAAGGAAGGAAGCUAGCUUCAUUGGGUUGAUAGUUAUGAUGACAAUGGAUGAAGAAGAUGAUGGUAUGUUUCACUCUUUUUGUAGAUGUUGGUUGGUUGGUUGAUUAAUGAAUUAUAUAAGUAACAUAAUUAAGCAAAUAAAUUACUUCUUUUUCUUUGCAUUUGUAUCAAAUAGUUUCAAAUUCAUGUGUAAUGAAAAAUAAAAACUUUGAUCA